UCCAGAACCAUUGUUAUCACACUGGAGACAUGACCAUGGGCAUUAGAAAAAAGGAAAGAAAGAAAACAUAAAUGGUCACAGCAGACGGCAGUUCGGUGGCUUUUGCAACUUCAGCUUUACUUUGCAUUCUCACUUCCGCUUCACAGUUUCGUCUACAUAAUCCCACCAUGAGACCGAAAAAACUCUGUUUCUUCACCUUUACCUUCUUCAUUUUAUCUGUCCUCGGAGUUGAUUCAACUCCGCCACCAUUCUCGUGCGACUCGUCAAACCCAUCAACAGAGGCCUUCCCUUUUUGUGAAACCACGUUGCCCAUCAGCCAAAGAGCCAGGGACCUGGUCUCUAGGCUUACGUUGGAUGAAAAGAUUUCUCAACUCGUCAACUCAGCUCCACCGAUUCCAAGACUCGGUAUCCCGGGUUAUGAGUGGUGGUCCGAGGCAUUACAUGGCGUUUCCAAUGCAGGGCCUGGCAUUCAUUUCAACGAUAAUAUUAAAGGCGCUACUAGUUUCCCGCAAGUCAUCCUCACUGCUGCUUCUUUUGAUGCCUACCAAUGGUAUCGCAUUGGUCAGGCGAUUGGAAAAGAGGCUAGAGCACUGUACAACGCAGGGCAAGCUACAGGUAUGACAUUCUGGGCACCAAAUAUUAACAUUUUUAGGGACCCGAGAUGGGGGAGAGGACAAGAAACACCCGGGGAGGAUCCAUUGGUGACCGGGAGAUAUGCAGCAUCAUAUGUGAAAGGGGUUCAAGGGGAUUCCUUUGAAGGAGGAAAGAUUAAAGGGCAUCUUCAAGCCUCAGCAUGUUGCAAGCAUUUUACUGCUUAUGACUUGGAUAAUUGGAAAGGCAUGAAUCGCUUCGUGUUUGAUGCUCGCGUGACCAUGCAAGAUUUAGCAGACACGUAUCAACCACCAUUCAAAAGUUGUGUUGAAGAGGGGAGAGCCAGUGGGAUAAUGUGUGCUUACAAUAAAGUUAACGGCGUCCCUAGCUGUGCCGACUCCAAUCUCCUUUCCAAAACUGCUAGAGCGCAAUGGGGUUUUCGUGGGUAUAUCACAUCAGACUGUGAUGCUGUUUCCAUCAUCCAUGAUGAUCAAGGAUAUGCUAAAUCACCCGAAGAUGCUGUGGUUGAUGUGCUUAAAGCUGGCAUGGAUGUCAACUGCGGAUCAUACUUGCUGAAACAUGCCAAAGUGGCAGUGGAACAGAAAAAACUGUCUGAAUCCGAUAUUGACAAGGCCCUUCAUAACCUCUUUUCUGUAAGGAUGAGGCUAGGCCUUUUCAAUGGACGUCCUGAAGGCCAACUUUUUGGAAACAUUGGUCCUGACCAAGUUUGCUCCCAAGAACACCAGAUACUAGCUCUUGAAGCUGCCCGUAAUGGCAUUGUCCUUUUAAAGAACUCUGCAAGACUCCUCCCACUUUCGAAAUCCAAAACCAAGUCUCUGGCUGUUAUUGGCCCUAAUGCCAAUUCUGGGCAAAUGCUUCUUGGAAACUAUGCAGGCCCUCCAUGCAGAUUUGUGACCCCGCUGCAAGCAUUGCAGAGCUACAUUAAACAAACUGUUUAUCACCCCGCUUGUGAUACAGUUCAAUGCUCUUCAGCUUCAGUUGACAGGGCAGUGGAUGUAGCAAAAGGAGCAGAUCAUGUAGUAUUGAUGAUGGGUCUGGACCAAACUCAGGAGAGGGAAGAGCUCGAUCGCACUGAUUUGUUGCUUCCAGGGAAGCAACAGGAACUCAUCAUCGCUGUUGCAAAAGCAGCCAAAAAUCCAGUUAUUCUAGUGCUUUUUUCUGGAGGUCCUGUUGACAUUUCUUUUGCCAAGAAUGAUAAAAACAUUGGAAGCAUUUUGUGGGCUGGUUAUCCUGGUGAGGGUGGUGCCAUUGCCCUUGCAGAAAUCAUGUUUGGUGAUCAUAAUCCAGGAGGGAGAUUACCAAUGACUUGGUAUCCACAAGAAUUUGUGAAAGUUCCAAUGACAGACAUGGGGAUGCGGCCUGAAGCCUCUUCAGGCUAUCCUGGCCGUACAUACAGGUUCUACAAAGGCCGAACUGUUUUUGAGUUCGGUCAUGGCAUCAGCUACUCAAAAUACUCUUAUGAACUAACAUCUGUCUCCCAAAACACACUCUACUUAAAUCAGUCGUCAACAAUGCAUAUAAUCAACGACUUCGACUCAGUUCGUUCCACAUUGAUUUCUGAGUUGGGCACGGAGUUCUGUGAGCAAAGCAAAUGCCGUGCAAGAAUUGGAGUGAAGAACCAUGGAGAGGUGGCAGGCAAGCAUCCAGUUUUACUAUUUGCGAGGCAGGAAAAACAUGGAAAUGGUAGGCCAAGGAAACAGUUGAUCGGAUUCCAAAGUGUGGUAUUAGAUGCAGGGGAAAGAGCUGAAAUUGAAUUUGAAAUUAGCCCUUGUGAACACCUUAGUAGAGCUAAUGAAGAUGGCCUGAUGGUGAUGGAAGAAGGAAGACAUUUCUUGGUUGUAGAAGGUGACGAGUACCCAAUUUCCGUUGUAAUUUGAUAUGGAGAAUGGGUUCUCAAAACUGAAAAGCCAGUAUUUACUAGUCUGGUGGUGUUGGUACCAUGUCGGUGAACCCAGAGGAAGGGGGAAGACGCACCCAGAAAAAUAAUAUAUUUCAGGUGUAUAUCGAUAAAUGUUACUGCCUAUUUCACAGUGUCAUCAAUUGUAUGUGAAUUUUCACUCUCUUUUCUUG